AUGGCACGUUCUGACAGGUAUCUUGAGUACAAUGGUCUUCCUCUGCCAACUGUUUCACAUUCUGAAGCGAGCCUGAAAUACUUCGAGACAUUUCAAGUUCAAGACGAUGAUACCUUCGCCAUUACUUAUCCCAAGUCAGGAACUACAUGGAUGCAAGAGAUUCUCCCCUUAAUUCUUAAUGGGGGGGAUCUCACCCCCGUGCAGACUAUCCCAAACUGGGAUAGAGUUCCCUGGCUUGAAGAGACACGUGCAGCCUUAGUCAUGGACAAAAUCCCUGCACCUCGAACUAUGGUUUCCCACAUGCCUUACCAUCUAAUGCCUGCUUCCUUCUUCUCCUCAAAAGCAAAGGUCAUUUAUGUGACUCGAAAUCCUAAAGACGUUGUGGUGUCUUCAUUUUAUUUCCACCAAAUGGCGAGUUUCUUGGACGACCCUGGAAGUUUUGAUGAGUUUGUUGACAAGUUUCUUGCGGGGCAAGUGCUGUUUGGGAAGUGGACAGACCAUGUGAAGAGCUGGAGAAACACUGACAUGAAAGAGAGGAUUCUACACAUUACCUAUGAAGAAAUGGUCCAGGACCUACAGGGGGCUGUGCAGUGCAUAUCUCAGUUCCUUGGUCGAGAGCUGAGUGCAGAGACACUGGAGCAUGUGGCUAAUCACUGCUGUUUCAAAAACAUGAAGAAGAACUCCAUGUCCAACUAUUCCCUUGUGCCGCAAGACAUCAUGGAUAGCAAAAAAUCACCCUUUCUGAGAAAAGGGACUGCUGGGGACUGGAAGAAUCAUUUCAGCCCUGUGCUUGAAGCCAAAUUCACAUCUGCUAUAAGAGAGGAUAUGAAGGGAACCAACAUUGAGCUCUAUUGGGAUGACGAAUGAAAAGGAACACUGUAACCAGGAAGCUCAAAAUGGACAUACCCAAAAGUGGCCUGAAUAAAAAUUAUGUUAGCUUUUUUUUUCUGUGU